GCCUCCAGAGGGCGCCCUUCCCCAUACAGCAUUACAAGGACCUCCUCCAAAUAGACCCCUUCCACCCACGCCAGAUGACGACGACUCAGGAGAUCGAACGCUGAUCAUGCGCAGGCGUCAGUCUGAUGCAGAGCAACAUGCGCUAACCACUCAAGUGGAGAACACCCCCAACAAUAUCACCAGUAACCCUGAUUGUCAACAGAAUCAGAUCCUAGCUGAAAAUGCCUCUGCACGAAGUAGCAAGUCUCACGAAGGAGGUAGUGCUAAGAGUGAAGUCAGUCAUGAUAAGAGAAGAGCUGACAGAGACAUGGCUAAUGGCCUUGAUCGCAGACCAUCUCAGGAACAAAAGCUUUCCCAGCGGAAUUCUCACCAGCUUGGACGGCAGUCGAGUGAUGGCGACUCAAGCCAAAGAGCCCACAGAAGAAAUGAGUCAGACUCUAGACUGGGUUUAUUACGGAGACAACAUACAGAUGUGGCCCUUGCUCGCCGUUCAGAUGUGUACCGCAACAGCAAAGUGGAAAUAUCCUUCCCGGCCAGCCGGUCCGAUGUGACAUCAAGUGUGGCAGGAGAACCUGUCCUUACAGACUUCAUUCCUGUCACUGGUGAUGAACGCCAACGAUCAUCGGGUGAGAGUGGACGUCCAGAAUUGCGACGUCAGGUGUCCUUGGAUGGAGACCUUAGCUCUGCUGGUGGUUCUGGUAGAGAACCCCCUAGACAUGAGUGGAAUCAACGCAGAGAAAAGACAGAUGUGGAUUUGCGACGUGCUGAGCUGCGGAACGAGUUGGAGCGAUGGCGUGUGAAUCCUCAGGAAGGACGUAGCCGAGACAGUGUGAGCAGCCAACAGUUGCCAGCCCACCAGGAUCGGUCUCGUGUGGCAGAGCCCUCGUCUGGAAUGAGCACACCUGGUUCGCGCACGUCCUCAGUUCUUCCAGAUCUCUUGCCACAAGCAUCCAAUAGUCCUAAUGGAUCACGCCACGACAAGUCCACUAGUGAAGAGUACCGACAAGCAGUUGGUAAGGGUACUCCUCCUCAACUUCAGAAAAAACAGCUGUCUUUCAUGGCCUUCGGUUUCGGUGCUGGAGGAACGGGUCCUGGCAGGCGAGAGUCCCAUAUCAACAUCAAUGUAGCUCCUACGUCGCAUGAAAUCAACGACACCCCAGAAAUUAGGAAAUACAAGAAGAGAUUCAAUUCUGAGAUCCUUUGUGCUUCUCUAUGGGGAGUUAACUUGCUGAUUGGCACCGAAACUGGUCUUAUGCUCCUCGAUCGGUCAGGUGUAGGUAAGGUGUACCAGCUAAUCUCUCGGCGAAGGUUCCAGCAAAUGGAGGUGCUCUCUGAUCAGAACAUCCUGGUAACCAUAUCUGGGAAGAAAAACCGCGUGAGAGUCUACUAUCUCUCUUGGCUCAAGUCCAAGAUCCUUCGCACAGAUGCUCAACAAGUCGAACGUCGCAACGGCUGGAUCAAUGUUGGAGACCUUCACGGGGCAGUUCAUUUCAAGAUUGUCAAAUAUGAGCGCAUCAAGUUCCUGGUCAUCGCCUUACGUGACUCCAUUGAGAUUUAUGCAUGGGCUCCUAAACCUUAUCACAAAUUUAUGGCAUUUAAGAGUUUUGGUGAGUUGGAAAAGCCUUGCCUCGUAGAUCUGACAGUGGAGGAAGGCUCCCGACUCAAAGUGGUGUACGGCUCUAACCAAGGAUUCCACGCUGUUGAUGUUGACUCUGGACAAGUUUAUGAUAUAUAUAUCCCUAAACAUAUCCAAGGCAGUAUCACACCACACACGAUAGUGACAUUACCAAAUAGUAAUGGUCUACAACUACUUAUCUGCUAUGACAAUGAAGGAGUUUAUGUAAACACAUAUGGAAAGGUGACAAAGAACAUGAUGCUGCAAUGGGGUGAAAUGCCAACGUCUGUAGCCUUCAUCGGCACAGGCCAGAUCAUGGGCUGGGGUAACAAGGCUAUUGAAAUCCGGUCAGUGGAGACUGGACACCUUGAUGGAGUCUUCAUGCACAAGAAGGCACAGAAGCUGAAGUUCCUCUGUGAGCGUAAUGAUAAGGUAUUCUUCUCAUCAGCAAAGGGAGGAUCGUCGUGCCAAAUUUACUUUAUGACGCUCAACAAACCUGGCAUGGCAAACUGGUAGAUGAGUCACCAGUGUGUAAUGUAGAUAACUGGUAACCCAUCACCAAAGGGAAUGUCUUCCUUGGUUACAUUAGUAUUUCAGGAUCCAAGGAACAAACUGCCAUGGCUGUAUGUUAGAUUGUCACCAGUAGAACAGGUGCUCAUUCAGUCAAAACAGCUGAAUGAUUUCUGUCUUCAAGUAGGAAAAGAAAAAAUAAAUAAAUAUAUAAAAAAGGCACUUAGGAAUGUGAGAGACAGAGAGAGGGAGAGAGAGAGAGAGUGAGAGAGAGUGAGAGAGAGAGAGCGAGAGAGAGCGAGAGAAUGCGAGAGAGAGCGAGAGAGAGAGAGAGAGCAAGAGCGAGAGCGAGAGCGAGAGAGAGCUUGAGUGAGUGAGAGAGUGAGAAAGGAUUGAGUUGGCAUGAACAAAUGCCAUCCUAGACAUAGUAAACUGGCCCUUUAAGGCUACAUGCAAUGCCUAGAAUGCAUAACCAACUCCAGCCACCAUUUAUAACUCCUCUUGCUGUGGUUUCCAGCACGGGAAAGCUUCUUGUGCAUUAUGGUUGGGCUGAUGAGUGUUGUAGUAACAUGAACUCUUUCAUUUUAUUUUUUGUUUGUUUGUUUCCUGUUUUAUAUUAUUUUUCAUUUUAGUACUUUUUCAUUUUACCUCAGAUGGGUGCCACAUAAAAGUUAUCAAGGCAGAAACCAUAUCUGAAAGGUGAUUGUACAAGUCUGCUCAGCAUAUCUGAAAUAUACUCUAUGUAUGGCAGAUUUGACAUUUGAAUAUAUAUAUAUAGAUAUUAUAGCAAGGUCAUGUAACUUGUUCAAUAUACUUGCUCAAUUCAGGCCUUGUAUGAUUAUUUUUUUUAUAUAUUGAGGGUAUGAAAUUGCAGAAUUAAUGAAAAAUUAUGAGUGAAUAAAUUUUAAGAUAUUGACUGUUCUCUUUACCACAAAUUUUACCUCCCAGAACUCAUUGGUAGUAAUGUGUAAAGUGUAAAAAUGGGGAAAAAAUGAAUACCCAGAAAAAAAUGUGUGCUGAUAUUGAUAAACAUGUGUAAAGAUAUGAUGUGUUAGUAUAGUGUAAAGGUACUCAGUUUUCGAGCUGCUGAUAAACAGCUCGAAAAUGUGAUCCACCCUCCCCCUCCUCCCUCCUCCCCCAACCCCCAGAGGACAGUCUGAAUGGCAGCAGGUAAGAUAAGGACAGGGGACGGAUGAAGACUGUUGCUAGGUGUGAGGAUGGAGCAUCAUAGCAGGUUGUAGCACACAUUGGGUAAUGUUAUAGGGUUGCUUUGAGCCAUUUUGAGAUGGACACACAUGCCAAAAAAGGAAAAGAAAUAAAAGAAAAAGAGAGAAAAAGAAAAGGAGUUGAUUUUCUUUUCUAAAAAUUUAGUUCACGACAAGAAAUCAAAAAAGUUUGUGUUUGGGCAUCACUUUUCUUGUAUGAAUUUUGUGUUCCACAAAUGGGUUUCUCCAUAGCAAUGAAAACUAUAUAUUGUAUCCAUACCCACCAUCCUACCCAGUGUAUGCAAAACCACAUGCUGACAGAUACUCCAAAGGUGUACUUUUCUAUCUUUUUGCAGUCUUAUCUGGGCCAGUGCCUUUUGGAUGUGCAGACAAGUAAAAGAUUUGCCAUAGCGGAAAAUCUGAAAGGGUUUGUGAGAGAAGUGGUUUGUGUACCCGACAGGAUUCUUACAUGUUUGUACACAGGAUUGAUGGUUUUGUCUUUGAACUGAGACAUCAUUCCAUUCUUUAUUUUUUAUUUAUUUAUUUUUUUUAACUUAUGAUUUUUUUUCUUUUUUCAAUGCAGUAAAUGCAAAUCAUGGGGUCACAUUCCUGUUGUAGACUGUGCAAUGUAAAUCUGAGCUUUUAAGUGAAGCCAAAGUGUGAAGAUUUUAGCUAGAAUUGAAGAUAUUUGCCCCUUUCCCUUAAACUUAGAUUUAUAAAUGAAAAGAGUAUGCAUCCCUGUAGAUGUAAAAAAAAUAAAUAAAAAAAAAUGUAUAAAAAAAAUUUAAAAUCUGUUUCUAUGGUGCUCUCUCGUCAUCCAAAGUAACAGUAUGUAUCAUCUUAAAAUGAGAAAUCCGGAGGUCAUGAGACAGCUGACCAAUCUGUUCAUCUAAGUUCUUUCUACCUUACAAUUGGAUUCAGCCAGAGUGGCCACAGUACUGUUGCACUUUUGACAAGUGUUCAGUGGGACACUACUAAAGAGAGAAAAAGAAAAAAAAACUAUAAGAAAAAACAGAGGCAUCAUGAAGAGGUAUAGAGGAAACAGCAUCUCUAAAUCCCUGCCACCAUAAUGUUACAUAAUUUCCCUCUCCUGAUCAUCAUAAAAUCAUCAUUUUGGUAAAUGCUGUGCUAUAUAUACUAUAUAUUUCUCAUUUAUUUUUGCAAAUUGGCAGAUUUAGUUAGUUUUAAGCUUUGAAAAUAAAGGGAAAAAGUGCAAGAAAAAAUAUAUUAUGUUUUUUGGAAUUUGUUGAGCGUUAAAUUGCAAAUUUUUCAUGGGUCAAUGUUGAAUAUUGAUAAAACACAGCUUAGAAAGGAGAAAAACAAGAGAAAUACCUGUUAAGAUUGUUCUCAUCUAGAUAUUGUUACAUGUGAUUAUAAACAUACAUGUAUUGUUUAUUUGAAUAAGCUACCUUCAUGAUUGUUUUAUCUUUUUAUGAUAGAAAUACAUACAUCAUUAUAUUGUAUAUUAAUCAUUCUAUUAGUAAGAUGACGUGAAACAUGGCAUGAGGAUGGGAACAGGUCUAGGCAGUUUAUCCAUUCAUAUUCAGGAAAAAUUUGUUAGAUCGAUAAUUGAGUGUGAUUGAAUGAAGUGUUUUUAUGCUGAGUAUGAUCUCCAGGGUUAAAUGCGUUAUUGCUAUCUUUAUAAUGGUGGUGUAGAUGAGGAUUUAUUGUCGGAAAUAUACCACAUGUAAGAUAUUUUUAGUGCUGACCAAUGAUUGCCGCUGCCCUCUCUGUCUUGUAUGCUCUUUAUAUCAUUAGCUUAAACAGUCAUUUUAUACUUUAGAAAUAUCAAAGCCUUUGUAUUAUGAGUGUUAAUGGUAAGUUCUUUUUUAACUUAUGCAUCUUAUAGUGAGGCACAAUCUGUGCAUUUACUGGGACUCUUGUGAAUAUAUUGAACCUUUCCUAUUUAAUUUGUUUAUUUUACAAUACUCCCAUGGUAAUUUUGAAGAAAAUGUAUAUACUUUUCAUUAUUUGUAUAAGAAAUAUACAGAUCAAAAGGCAUUCAUUACUUUUAAUGGAGCUGAUAGCUGUCAGUUAUAAUAUGCACAUGAAUUUCAAUAAAGAAUUCAUCAGAA